CAGAAUCGCUCGGUUUUAUCCAGGCAUCCUCCAAGAUGAAAAUCCACGUUUAAACAAAUCAAGUAAGUUUAUACGGAAAAUGUGUUUUAGUUAAACUCGGUUGCACAGGGAAGUACUGAACUGAUAGGAUACAGUCCGAAAGGGGGUUGUUUGGAUUAAUCAGCAGUCGAAAAGGGAAAAUCGCAUGAAGAAACCUGAUAUUGAUCUCUGAAAGUUGUGAAUAAAAAAUACUAAAUUUCUAUUGAAAAGUUGCAAUAAGUGGCUAGAUUGGUGUUACUCUGAAGGAAAAUGAAUCGUUUUGGGGGUAUUAAGUUGCCGCCUCUGAGUGCAGCCGUAAACGUUGCUAGUCAGAUAAAAAGGCAAAUUUUGCCCUCUUCUACUCCCGCUGAGAGGCCUAGCCAGAUAGGACAUGGACAUGGACAUGGGGAGCGAGUGCAUUUCGCUCAGCUCCCGAACCAAAACCACACAACACACGGAGGCACCAUCAAUGAACACCACGAAAUGUCAAACAUGCAAUCCAGCACCAAUCCCUUUGGUUCUUCAAAUCCCAACAACCCCUUUUUGCAAAAUCAAAUGGAGGCUGGAGAACCUGGAGGAUUUCAACAGGAGAGUGAUUUCAAUAAUGCCCAAGGAGGAAUCAUCAAGCAGUCAAGCAAAAUGUCAUCAGUGGAUUUCUCAGAAGGAAGCGAUUUUGUUGAAGGAAAAAGUGAUGUAAAAAUUAACGAAUAUCAAGCCGCUUGGAAUGUGACCAACGCUAUUCAAGGAAUGUUUAUUGUAUCCCUUCCAUUUGCAGUACAAAUUGGAGGGUAUUGGGCAAUCGCAGCCAUGAUUCUCGUGGCUCAAAUUUGCUGCUAUACCGGAAAAAUACUAGUAGAUUGCCUUUAUGAAAUUGACUUGCAAACUGGAAGACGGAUACGUGUGAGAGACUCUUACGUGGCCAUUGCCAAAGAGUGCUUCGGCAAAAAUUAUGGUGCUAAAAUAGUAAGCAUUGCUCAAAUAAUAGAACUGCUAAUGACCUGCAUUCUUUACGUGGUGGUUUGCGGAGAUCUAAUGAUUGGAACAUUUCCCGAAGGAGCAAUUGACACACGAUCCUGGAUGAUGCUAAUCGGCAUUUUUCUGCUUCCAUUAGGAUUCAUUAAAUCCCUCAAGAGCGUCUCACUUCUCUCAUUUUGGUGCACAAUGUCCCACAUCUUCAUCAACGUGAUCAUUAUCGGCUACUGCCUGCUGGAAAUUGGUGAUUGGGGCUGGAGCAACGUUAAGUGGACUUUGGAUCUCAAAAACUUCCCUAUCAGCCUAGGAGUAAUCGUUUUCUCCUAUACUUCUCAAAUAUUUCUGCCCACUUUAGAAGGCAACAUGGAGGAUCCCUCCAAGUUUGACUGGAUGCUGGACUGGAGUCACGUUUGGGCUGCCGUAUUCAAAGCGGUAUUUGGCUACAUUUGCUUUCUGACCUUCCAGAGCGAUACUCAGCAGGUGAUCACCAACAAUUUGCACUCUCCAGGGUUCAAAGGAUUGGUGAACACUUGCCUGGUAAUUAAAGCCUUACUAAGCUAUCCGCUUCCAUACUAUGCAGCUUGCGAGCUGUUGGAAAGGGCAUUUUUUCGAGGUAAACCGAAAACUCCGUUUCCAACAAUAUGGGAUAAAAAUGGCGAUUUGGAAGUGUGGGGCUUGGCAUGGAGAGUUGCAAUCGUAUUAUUUACGAUCCUAAUGGCGUGUUUCAUACCGCAUUUCCAAAUUUUAAUGGGAUUUAUUGGAAGCUUUACCGGAACCAUGUUGAGCUUUAUCUGGCCUGCCUACUUUCACAUUAAACUCAAAGGCAACACUCUGGAUAGGAAAACGAUAUUUUUUGAUUAUUUUAUCAUCUACUUGGGAUGCAUUUUUGGAGUGAUCGGAAUUUUUGACUCCGGGAGGGCACUUAUUGAUGCUUUCUCAAUUGGACUUCCAUUCUAAGUUAUAAAAUCCACUGAGAAAAUAAUUUUCCACCAUUCAAACAUGUGUUAACGGAAAAUUUGCAAUAUUUGCGAUUUUCCAAAGGUUUAAGUACUUGUUAUUAUAAAAAAAACCAAAAUAAUUACCAAAAUUCAUAGCCUCCAAAAAAUACAGGGGUUGUAAAUAAUCGGUCUUCCUGAAACAGUAGCAAUACCAUAUCUGAACAAGAUACAUUUAAACGUGGACAAUAAUUACGGUCAAAUCAGUUGAAGUGAAAGCAACCAUACUUAAAAUAUGCCAACGAAGUCUUCCAUUUUAAGUACACUGACAAAAGUAUACAUUUUUUUAUAAUGUAAAUUAUAUAAAAGCCUAGUAUUAAGUCAACCAAUUAUGAGACGUUUUUGCGCAAAGUUUAUAAUGCGUUAUACAAAUUAAAUUUCAAGUAAGUCUUCGUUUACAAUUUUACUACUUACGGCUAGCAAAUUUCCAGCAAGUCAAUGUUUCAUUUCAAAUAGUUUAUUAAAUMUCAUGUUAUCUUUUUUUCGUUCGUUUUCAUACAGAAACAUUAAUACCUCUAAAUUAAUUAUUUUGUCGCAUUAAUAGAUAACGCAGUCAUUUAGGAAUAGUCAAUUUCUUAUUAGUAAGGCAACUUUUUGAUUCGAUACUGUAAGAUAAUAAGUGUAUUUAUCGCGUAUAUUGUAGAAUAUCAUAGACUCUAAAAUUAUGGUGAUUCCAAGAAACUAAAGUCUUCCAAAGAUUGUAACAUUGUCUUCCAAUAAAUAAUUUAUUAAUAAUAAGUUAAAGAAGAAAUCGUUAAAGGGUGUAUGGAGCAAACGAUGUAGUCAAUAUCAAUUGCCCUCUAACAAUUUCAUAUAACAUGCUGUGUGUAUCUGUAAUAACUGUAUUUAAAAAAUGUUCUAAAUGUGUAAAAAAAAUAUUUAAUAACAACCUACCUACAUGUAUCAAAACGUAUCGUAAAAAAUGUUAGAAACUAGUUUUAAAAGCUGUUAAAAGUUGUUAUAUUGAGUGUAAAAAUUAUAGACAAUAAUAACGCUAGUAACCGUAAUAACGACAAUAAUAUAAGAGGAACAGAAAAAGAAAUGGUUAAUGUGAUCACUGAUUUAUUUUCAAUUUUUUUAGCACUAUUUUCUAUACAAAAAUUUGGAGUAUUUACAUGUUACAUCAAACACCUAUCCAGAAGCAAAGUUUGUUAAAGUUUGCAAAAACAAUUCGAAAUAAGCAUAUCUGCUGCUUCUACUUAAAGCUGCUCAUCAAUUUGAAUAAAUAUACAAGGGGUGUUUAAAGCAACAUAUGCGAAUUAUUAGAGUAGAAUCGAUUGAUUUAACAUAUGAAGAUCUGCUGUAAAUGUAAGUCUACCCGAUACAUAUAGAAGGCUGAAGUUUAAAACAUUUCCAAGCUUACACCUUGAUCUUUUGAGCUACCGCAAUUUAUUUUACGUAGGUUUAGAGCGGUAAUUUCUCAUCAACAUCGGAAAAUCUGAAAUUUUUAAUUUACUAGAACCACUUUUGUCGAAUCGUUAUGCGACUGGUAAUAAACAUCAAAUUAGUUCAUGAAAUAACCGAGUCAUUAAUAAAGAGCUUUUCCAAAUAUAUAUAAAUAUAAGUAAGUAUGAAAAACUAGCAAUAAUGAAACAAACAAAUUAAGACUACUGAAAAUUAAGAUUUGCACCUGAACUGUUAGUUUCCCUAUUGACACGCGGAAUUAUCGGAAAUGUUUCUCGAUCUUAAAAAAUGAGAAAAACAAAGAAGUUUCUAAAAUGAACACACAUUUAAUUGAUUUUAAAGGUGCUUCAGGAAUUGCAAAACUUUACUCCCAAAAAAUGUCCUUUAAACCGAUAUAUUUAUGAAGACUGUUCACGUUAUUUUAAGUGGAGUGAUUAAAAUCGGGAGUAAGUGUAUGUUGUUUGAAACACUCUGUAUGCAAAGAAUUUAUACGAUUAUGUAUUAUGCACUGCAGCAAAUCUGAAAAUGGCAGUGGUACAAGAUAAAAACGAUAUUUAUUUAAAUGCGUAAUUUGAAAUUAAGCGUUUAUUGAGAAGAAAAACUGGUGAUGUAUAAAAUAAUCAUCUAGUAACUAGUUAGUUACUCUUUACUACAAAACUAGUUACUAUUUUCGAAUCAUCCAUAUACCUAUUGCAAUGUUUAUCUGCAAUAUUGUUAUUUUUUGUUUCUUUUGAAUUUAGCUAUUUAUUGAAAUAUGCAAUGCAAUAAUAAAGUAAUUAUAAUUAAUUAUAGCGGAAAGAAAAUGAUCCUAUGUGAGUAAAUGCCAAAUAAAUAUUUAAAAUUUU